AUGGACCCCAAACUCAUGAAAAACCUAUGCUUUGCCAAGAAGCACGAGAAAGGCCUGAAGAUGUGGGCCAACAAUGCCAAGGCCAUGAGUGUGCAUGCCAGGUCUUUCAAGGCCCUAGCCAAGCCUGAGGAAGUCAAGCCCAAGAUCCCUGAGGCAUCAGCCACAAGUGUAGUUGACUGGCCCACAUUGCCCAUCCCCACCUCAGGAGGCUUACUGGUGCCCGCAGUGCCAAAGGUCUCAGGCUCUGCUGGCCAAAGGCCCAGGCUCAAAGCAGGCUCCAGCUCGAGCUUCAGCCUGCCUCUAGCUCAGGGUCCCCACCGGUGCCUGGGCUCCACAGAAGCCCUGUGGGAGAGAGACCUCCAUGUGCCAACAUGA